UCGAAGCGCCGAGAGAUACCAAACCACCGCAGCCAUGGCCGUGGACACGAGCAGUAAGCUUUCUCGCAGCGUCCUGAUGCUGCUUCUGCUGCUCUCUGUGCUUCUUGUAGCAGCAUCAGCAACAACGGAACAUGAAGCAGAGGAGAAGGGAAGGGAAGGGGGGGAGCCGUCGGAGUCGUGGACUGCCUGGGCUAAGGAUAAGAUAUCCGGUGGUUUUGGUCUCAAGAAGAACCAGGAAGACGAGGAGGCGGAGGACGCAACGAGGAAGGUCGAAGAGGCUGCGACGACAGGUCGGGAACGAGGCCAAGAGAUGAUUCAUGACAAGGCAGGGAAGGCCAAGGAAGCAGCUGAGACGAGCACAGAAAAGCUGCAGGAGAUCGCCUCAGAGAUCGGAAGCGAGGCGGCGGAGAAGAUGGGCAAAGCAAAAGAGGCUGCCGCGGAGAAGGCAGCGAAGGCAAAGGAAGCGGCGGGGAAGACAGCAAAAGAGGCAGCGGCCGAGGCCAAAGAGAAGGGGGCCGAGGCGAAAGAGGAGGCGGUGAAGACAGCGGAAGAGGCGGCGGCCAAGGCGAGGGAGUCUGCCACGGGCGCGACGGAGAAGGCCAAAGAGAAGGCGAAGGAAACGGUGGACGCGGCAAAGGAGAAGGUCGAGGCGGCCAAGGAGUACGUCAUGGGCGGCGGGGCUGAGAGACACGAAGAAGAGCUGUAAGAGCUUCGAGUCACAAUCCAUACUGCUCGCCCACUUUGUGAUCUCUGCAAUAAAAUACUAAUUUCGUGUUUACUUCGAACAACGUGUAAUAUACCCCCCAAAAAUGCUGAUAAUAUGCACAAAAAAUCCAUAUAUGUAUAUCAAAAGAAAAUACCCAAAUAUGAAUUAAUUAUUUGAUAGAUAGAGCAAAUCAAACCUGAGCACAGCCGAGUCGUAGCUUCCACAGUGCACCACGCGCCACUGUUUGGAUCACCGCGGACGAGGAAACACUAACAUUCGAGUAUUAAGUAUCGCAUCGAAGAUGGAAGAUAGCAUAGCACGCGACAUGAAAAAUGACAGGAGAUUUUAAUGGCUCU